UUUGCAUUCUCAAUUCACACAUUGCAAGAAUAUGAAUCGAAUACUUUAACGGCGGACCAUUUAAAACUAUGGAUACUUGUUCACAUUUGGAGCUUCACCGAUAAAGUUUUUAAUGAUAUUGAAGAAGUGAAAAUGGUCAGCAAGAAAAAUCGUGAAAGAGCUGUGCCUGAAGUAAUAGAUAUGAAAAGAAAUGCACCUGGAAGGAGAGGUGAUAUGAUUAUUCGUAAGAUUACAGCUGAGUUUGGGUGUGCUGAAACAGAUCGAAAAUUUGAGGGAAAGAGGCCUAAUAUGAUGAAAGACAUGUUUAAUCAACUUUGUGAGACUUUUGACCAAGAUGAGCAUAAAACCCGCAAAUUAGAAACAAUUGGAUCCCUUCAUGCUGAACUCAUGAUGGUACUUCUGCGCCUGGACUCAUCAGCCGGAUAUGUGUGUCGUGUGUCACGAUCAAAGCCUUUUUCUAUCGCUACACAUAUUAAAGAGUUUGGAAAGACACUUGUAAUUUCUCUGACAUGGAAGGCUAAUAAGAUUGUUGAAAAUAUGAUUUGUUUGAUUGAAACUGAUGAAAGUAAUGAAGAAGAUCAACUACGACGUUUACAGGAUAUCUACGACGUUACACCACUGCCAUCACGAAAACGAAAAAGGGUAGAUUUGCCAACAUCUUUGGAUACUCCAAAGUCAAAGUCAUCAAAAUUGUCAAAGUCGUCAGGGAGAGUCAAAGAGAUUUCACUUGUAUAG